AUGAUAAGCUUGGUUUCUUCUAUGAUGUGGGAGCCUUUUCUUUGUGUUGUUGACCAUAAAAGGGUACGCCCUAGUUGUGUUAUCUGCUUUAGGUGCUGGCUGUUUUUAAGUAGUGCCGCACAAUUCCAAACUAUAAAAAUCUGCUUCGCGACGCUCGCUAUCACCCUUCAUAUUGUCCGUGAUGGACCAAAGCGUCUUGUACAUACGCAUGUGCACCAUCGACUGCACUCGAACGACACGGCGAUUCCUCGUUUCGUGAUGUCGAUGAUGAAGACGCCGAAAAAUUUAGUGUACCGCAGAAUGGAAACGUUGCGAAGUUCAAUUACGAAAAAGCUUUCUAUAUCGCCACCAUGCACUGUUGAAAGAAUAGCUAGUGACCUUAUCGAUCAAUUCGAGGAAUACUGGUUAAUUGGAAAGACGAGCGAUUGA